AAAGAGGAACUCUUUGAGACAAAUCCUUUAUUUAAAAGCAUUUCUUAAUUGUGUCAAAAGGUUGCUUUCAUUGUCAUUUUUAUUAAUUCAUCUCAAUUGAUUCACGUGAAAUUGUGUGAUAUUUUUUGCUUCUGAUGUUACUAUCUGAUUGCAGCAUAAUAUUAAAAUGAGUUUCUUUUCGCAAUGUGUCUUCAGAAAAAUGAGGUUCCCUGCAAUGGAAAAGGAUGGAUGUUAUCAAAGUGAUUAUAAUAAUCGUUAAUGUAACCAUGGAUAAUUUAUCUUUCAAUAUCAAGUCUAACCCAUUAUCGAGUUACGAAUGAAUUGAAAUGAAUAAUUUCGUAAGUGCAGUUGCAACUUGAUUCAAUCUUUACUGACAAGAGCCAUUGAACCAGUUCUGGUGCCUACUCUUACUUCACAUCUUGCCUUUGGUUAUCAAGUUCAACAUUUAUUAGUGAUUUUUACCGAUCUAAAGAUGAUCUAAUUGAAUUUUGCAAGUCUUACAGUUAAUCUGAAAUUCAUGGUUUAUUCAGUUUAACCGGAUAAUCAUAAUGUUAUCAACUGAGGAGCAGACACAAAGAAACCCGGGAAAUGGAUCCCGACAUUUCUUCAGUAAUCCCAACUUUUCCAUAGAUGAGAUUGAGUCAACACCUAAUGAGAUAAACAACUAUGCUUCAUCUUCAUCAAAAGAUUUAAACUCGAGUGCUGCUAAUUUUAAACCCACUACAUUAAGUUGGAAUAACCUUAAUGUGUACUCCAAAGGAUCGUCUGGUUUAACUAAUUGUUUUCGUAAACCAAAGGAACCAGUUCACAUUAUCAAAAAAGUUUCUGGUCAAGCAAAACCUGGUAAUCUGUUGGCCAUUCUUGGAGCUUCUGGUGCAGGAAAAACCACUUUACUGAAUGUAUUAACUGGUCAAAAUUUGAAUAAAUUGGCCAUUGAAGGACAAGUCUCUUUGAACAAUGAGCCAAUUACUAUCGAAAGGUUGUCUUCAUGUUCAUCGUAUGUCCAACAAGAGGAUUUAUUCUUUGGCGUUCUUUCUGUGCGAGAACACUUGCGAUUCCAACUUAAACUUAGAACUCCAGUUUCUAUGAAUGCUAGUCAAAUUGACAAAAGGAUUGAUCAAAUUCUCGAAAAGUUAGGAUUAAUGAAAGUUGCUGAAAAUCGGAUAAAAUGUGAAUCUACUGGACAACGAUUAUCAGGUGGUGAACUUAAAAGAUUAUCUAUUGCUACUGAGAUUUUAACCGAUCCUGCAAUACUAUUCUGUGAUGAACCAACGUCUGGUCUUGAUUCAUUUAUGGCUCAAACUGUUGUAUCUGUUCUUAAAUCUUUGGCUAAUGAGCAACGAACCAUUGUAUGUACCAUUCAUCAACCAUCAUCUGAAAUAUUCAAAAUGUUUGAUCAAAUCAUGUUGCUGGCUGAAGGUCGAGUUGCUUUUCUAGGAACUGCAGAUAAAGCACUAGAUUUCUUUUCGCAACUUGGAUUCAAUUGUCCAUCAAAUUAUAAUCCAUCAGAUUUUUUCAUCCAACAAUUAUCCAUUGCUCCUGGAAACAGAGAACAAAGUUCGUCUAAAGUAAAUAUGAUCUGUGACACUUAUGAAGCUUCUGAAUAUCACCGAAACCUUAAAAGUGAAUUCAAAAAUGUAUCUGAAGCUACCUUUAAUAGUCCUGAUAAAUUGAAACAUCAUUCUAAAACAGCCCAGAUAGGAAUAUUUUCACAAUUCAAUCUAUUAACUUACCGAUCUGCUGUGAUUAAUUUGCGAGAUCCCAUGUUGACAACAUCACGAAUCGUUAAUACACUUUUUUCCGCGCUUCUUGUGGCUUUGGUUUACUGGGGACAAGAUUACAAUCAAGAAGGCAUAAUGAAUAUAAAUGGAGCUAUUUUCCUUUCGAUUAUGAAUGCAAAUUUUUCCAGCAUCUUUCUGGUUAUUGGUGCCUUUUGUAAUGAAAUGCCAUUAUUCUUGCGAGAACAUGCUGCCGGACUGUAUCGAGUUAGCAUUUAUUUCAUUGCCAGAAUGAUGUCAGAUUUACCGUAUUUUAUCUUUUUGCCUAUCGCUACAUGGUCAGGAUGUUAUUAUGCCAUUGGACUUGUUAAUGAUUUCGAUACAUUCUUGAUUGGUAAUGCUGUCUCCAUUAUACUGGUCAAUGCAGCUGCUGGCUUUGGUUAUUUUGUAUCAUCCAUUUCAACUUCAUUGACUGUGGGUCUUGAAUUGGCACCACCUUUAAUCUCUCCGUUGGCUUUACUUGGUGGAGCUUUCUUGAAUAAUCGCACAAUCCCGAAAUGGAUAAAUUGGAUAAAGUAUUUCUCUUGGUUUUACUAUUCAAAUGAAAUCUUGACAGUAAAUCAAUGGCGUGAUGUGACUCACAUUGAUUGUGAUUAUGAGACUCCUGUUCCAAGCUCGAUAGCAGGAGUUUUAUCUGCUGUGUCAAACGGCACCAUUCCAACUGGACAAGGUUGUUUAGUCAAUGGGAAGCAAGUAAUUGCCUCUGUUGGUUUCAAAGAAUCUAAUCUUAAACUUGACUACUGGUUGUUAAUUUUCGUCAUAGUCAUAUUUCGUGUUUUGGCUUACGUUGCACUUCGUGGUCGUGUCAAACUACAACGAUAAUGAUUAAUUUGCAUGCCUUUUUUUUGUAUUUUCUUACUUUAAUUAAAAUUGGUACCAAAUAAA